AUGGCCAAGGCGGUGGUUUACACGCUGCUACUAACCGCCACCAUCAUUGUCCUCAUCAUCUUCCUCGUUCCUCAGGAACAAAGCCAGGCUGAAAUCUUCGAGGGUCUCAUAAGCCGCCGCAUUGGACGCAGGCUUGAAAUGCCUGUGUUUGACCCUAUCGUGCCCCGAAUUGAGAGGUUGUCUCAUGAAAAAGAAGCCAAGACCACCGUGGAGUCUGCAAAGAAGGAAGAGGAGGAGGAGGAUGAUGACAUGUUUGAGGAGUAUUUCGCACAAGAUAGGAGGCUUAACACGACGAUGAGGAUCAAGUUCUUGUUUCCUCUGCUCGACGCGUCACCCAGAGAUGGGUUCGUGAGCUUGAAAGAGCUUCAGACAUGGAUGAUGCAGCAAACAGAGGACAACAUGGGUUACAGAACCGCCAAAGAGCUCGAGCUACAAGAUAAAGACAAGGAUGGUGUUAUAACAUUUGAAGAGUACUUGCCUCAAUUCUCAAAGGAAGACAUUGAGAAAAACGAGAAGGGUCAUGGUGAAGCUGGUUGGUGGAUGGAACAAUUCAAUAAUUCCGAUUUUGACCACAAUGGCUCUCUCGACAUUGAAGAGUUCAACAAUUUCUUGCACCCAGAAGACAGCAGAAACGGAGAUGUUCAAAGAUGGGUUCUAAACGAGAGAAUAACGGGCAUGGACACGAACGGUGAUGGGAAGCUAGAGUACAAGGAGUUUAUAGACAACGCAUACGAAAUGUACAAAGAGUUUGCAAAGUUCGAGACGGAUGAUGAAGGUGUCCCAACGGCUCAGCUUCUGUUCGCAGAGCUCGACAGAGACAAAGACAGGUUCCUUGUGGCCGAUGAGCUUCGACCCAUUUUGCAUUAUCUUCAACCUGGUGAGAUGAGUUACGCCAAAUACUACUCCACUUUCCUUUCUAACGAGGCAGAUGAGGAUAAAGAUGGUAAACUAUCUCUUGAUGAGAUGUUGAAUCACGAAGAUGUGUUUUACAAGGCUGUUCAUCACGAUGACUUGGAUGAGGAAGAGUAUUUUGAUCAUGAUGAACUUUAA